GGCUCGGUCCCGCGCCCGCCGCCCGCCCGCGCCCGCCAUGGCCCGCCUGACGGAGAGCGAGGCGCGCCGGCAGCAGCAGCAGCUCCUGCAGACGCGGCCCUCGCCCGUGGGCAGCAGCGGGCCCGAGCCCCCCGGGGGGCAGCCCGACGGCAUGAAGGACCUGGACGCCAUCAAGCUCUUCGUGGGCCAGAUCCCGCGCAACCUGGACGAGAAGGACCUCAAGCCGCUCUUCGAGCAGUUUGGCCGCAUCUACGAGCUCACGGUGCUCAAAGACCCCUACACGGGCAUGCACAAAGGCUGUGCCUUUCUCACCUACUGUGCCAGGGACUCCGCCAUCAAAGCUCAGACUGCCCUGCACGAACAGAAGACCUUGCCCGGGAUGGCGCGGCCGAUCCAGGUGAAGCCUGCGGACAGUGAAAGCCGCGGAGGUAGGGACCGGAAGCUGUUUGUGGGGAUGCUGAACAAGCAGCAGUCGGAAGAGGACGUGCUGCGGCUGUUCCAGCCCUUUGGGGUCAUCGACGAAUGCACCGUGCUCCGCGGGCCUGACGGCAGCAGCAAAGGCUGUGCCUUUGUGAAGUUCUCCUCCCACACCGAGGCCCAGGCGGCCAUCCACGCGCUGCACGGCAGCCAAACCAUGCCGGGAGCCUCCUCCAGCCUGGUGGUCAAGUUUGCCGACACGGACAAGGAGCGGACGCUCCGGCGCAUGCAGCAGAUGGUGGGCCAGCUGGGCAUCCUGACGCCAUCCCUCACCCUGCCCUUCAGCCCCUACAGUGCCUACGCCCAGGCCCUCAUGCAGCAGCAGACAACGGUCCUGUCCACGUCGGGCAGCUACCUGAGCCCUGGCGUGGCCUUCUCACCCUGCCACAUCCAGCAGAUCGGCGCCGUCAGCCUUAACGGGCUGCCUGCCACACCCAUCGCCCCUGCCUCUGGACUGCACUCGCCCCCGCUGCUUGGUUCCACUGCCGUGCCCGGGCUCGUGGCUCCCAUCACCAAUGGCUUCGCAGGUGUCGUGCCCUUCCCUGGGGGGCACCCUGCCCUAGAGACCGUGUAUGCCAAUGGCCUCGUGCCCUACCCAGCUCAGAGCCCGACCGUGGCCGAGACCCUCCAUCCUGCCUUCUCCGGAGUCCAGCAGUACACAGCCAUGUACCCCACCGCGGCCAUCACGCCCAUCGCGCACAGCGUCCCCCAGCCGCCGCCCCUCCUGCAGCAGCAGCAGCGAGAAGGUCCCGAAGGCUGUAACCUGUUUAUCUACCACCUCCCCCAGGAGUUUGGAGACACGGAGCUGACGCAGAUGUUCCUGCCCUUCGGCAAUAUCAUCUCCUCCAAGGUGUUUAUGGAUCGGGCCACCAACCAGAGCAAAUGUUUUGGCUUCGUGAGCUUUGACAACCCGGCCAGCGCGCAGACCGCCAUCCAGGCCAUGAACGGCUUUCAGAUCGGCAUGAAGAGACUCAAAGUGCAGCUGAAGCGGCCCAAAGAUCCGGGACACCCCUACUGACCGCGCCCACAGCCGCCCGGAGGCUGCGGGCCUGGCCCAGGUGAGCCGCCAGGCGGCCCCACCCGCCCCCACCCCCGCCCCCCACCCCCCCCACCCCCGUCUUGGCCAAACACCCCCUCGUUCUCCAUGCCCUCCCCACCCCCCAGGGGGGAUGCCGCUGGAGACCACAAGGAGCCCCCAGGUUGGGAUGGUUGGGACAGAGCUAGAGAGUCACCCUCCAAUCCCCCCUUUGAUUAGGGCUGGGACAGAGGGUGGAACCGGGGUAGAAGGGGGUUGGGGAAUCCUUCCAGAAGGUUUUGAAGGAUGAAUAGAAGUUCACUUGAGAGGCCAGGUUUGGUCUGGGGUGGGGCAUGCUGCGAGGGAGGGGCUUCUGUCCUGUCCUGUGACUCCCCCAGCUGGGCCCCUGUCCAAGUUCCUCAUUUGGUGUCACCCGCGUUCAGUGAACUGGCGAAAAAGUGGAAUGUUUGCCCCGCUCACCAGCAUGCCCCCCCCCAAAGAGACCCCCCCCCCCAACAAAUCCCCAAGAGCGUAUUUUGCCACCAGAGAGAACAACUUUAUCAACAACUAAGCACCUUCUUUGGGGGAAUGAACAGUGAGCCUAAGGGGCCAGUAGGGAAACAUAACUGACCACAGCCUUGAUGAGCCUCAUCUGUGAAAUGGGUUCACGAAAGUCGCCUCCCCAGAAGCAGCAGGGAGGAUCCGCUCGGGGACGCGGUGUUUUCCCAGCUGAGCCCAGGACCCGCCACCUGGAAAGCUCUUGAUCAUUUGUUUUCAUUUUGUUUUUGUUUUGUUUUUAAUCAUGAGCGCCGUCAUCAUCAAAGCGCCGCGCCUGGGGUCUGGCGCGAAGUAGAUGCUCAGUUAGGGGCUGCGCAUGCUUUUCAGACCUUGUCAAGUCAGCACCCGCAGAGUCGAAGGUCACGGGAUCAGACAACUAACAGGCGACCCAUGCACUUUAACACCCUGGGACAGCAAAUCCUUUCUGAGCACCUACUAUGCGCUAGGCACUGUUUGGGGACAGCGCUCGGGGACACAGCUGUGAAUGACCAGAAACGGGGCGGGGGUUGGGGAGGACUGCCUUCGUGGCAGGGAGCAGGGGAGACAAGAUGAGACAAGAAUAAACACAACUGUUUGCCCCCGGGGGUUGCCAGAUGAGGAAACAGCCUCGGUGGCCAGUCCUUUUCCAAGGCGGACCGCUGGCCUCUG